CUCGUUAGCUCCACGAAUCCGUUCAAUUGUCAGAGUAAAAUGUUGGCUAGGGUUUGUAGAUCGGAAUCUUCUUCUGCCAAUGCUGCUGCUAGAUUGAUCAGCACGAGAUUGAUUCAUCGUCGCGUCGCCCAGAAAGGUACAAUUAGAAAGCGUCUACCUUCUUUGCCAGUCCAUUGCAGUGGUCGCAAAGGAACUUUUGAAGGAGAGAGUUUGAAACUGAGAAGUGGAUCUCAUUAUAUCAAAUGCUUUGAUGAUGCGAUCGAAUUGUUCGAUGAUAUGGUUCGAUCUCGUACCUUCUAUCCGGCUGUUGAUUUCAACAAACUAACGGGUGUCAUCGUGAGAAUGAAACGGCCCGAUGUUGUGAUUUCUCUCUAUCAGAAGAUGGAAUUGCGGAGGAUUCCAAUUGAUAUCUACAGCUUCAGUAUUCUCAUAAAGUGUUUCUGCGACUGUCAUAAGUUGUCUUUUGCUUUGUCGACAUUCGGGAAGAUCACUAAACUUGGUUUCCAGCCCAAUGUUGUUACGUAUAGCACGCUGCUCCAUGGGUUAUGUCUCGAAGAUCGGAUUUCUGAAGCCUUAGCUUUAUUUGAUCAUAUGGUUGAAACUGGAUUAACACCCAAUGUCGUAACGUUUAACACGUUAAUGAACGGUCUUUGCCGUGAGGGUCGAGUUCUCCAAGCACUAGCUCUUGUUGAUCGGAUGGUUGAAAAUGGUCAUCAACCUGACGUAGUUACUUACGGAACAAUUGUCAAUGGAAUGUGUAAGAUGGGUGACACUGACUCGGCCUUGAAUCUGCUUAGGAAGAUGGAGGAACGCCACAUCAAAGCCAAUGUUGUAAUCUAUAGUGCCAUCAUUGAUCACCUUUGCAAAGACGGACAUCAUAGCGAUGCUCAAAAUCUUUUCGCUGAAAUGCAUGACCAAGGAAUUUUUCCCGAUGUUCAUACCUACAACUGUAUGAUAGACGCCUGUUGUAGUUCUGGUAAAUGGAGUGAUGCCAAGCAAUUGUUGCGUGAUAUGAUUGAAAGGCAAGUAAAUCCUGAUGUUGUAACUUUCAGUGCAUUGAUCAACGCAUUUGUCAAAGAAGGGAAGCUCGUUGAGGCUGAAAAAUUAUACGAGGAGAUGCUUCGUAGGGGUAUAUUUCCUAAUACAAUCACUUAUACCUCAAUGAUCGAUGGAUUUUGCAAACUGAAUCGUCUAGAUGAUGCAAAGCGUAUGUUUGAUUCGAUAGCUAGCAAGGGCUGCUCUCCGGACGUAGUUACUUGUAGUACCCUAAUUAAUGGCUAUUGUAAGGCUAAAAGGGUUGACGAUGGAAUGGAGAUUUUCUGCGAGAUGCAUCGAAGAGGAAUAGUUGCUACUACAGUUACUUACAAUACUUUGAUUCAUGGGUUUUGUCAAAUGGGUGAUCUUAAUGCCGCUCAAGACCUUCUCAAUGAGAUGAUUUCUAGUGGUGUGGCUCCAGAUUACAUCACUUUCCACAGUAUGUUGGCCGGCUUAUGUAGGAAGAAGGAACUACGAAAGGCAGUGGCAAUAUUGGUGGAUCUGCAGACGACUGUGGAUCAUCAUCUGGAGGAUGAAUGAAAGAAUGGAAGAUUCAAUGCCAUUUUGCUUCUUGCUUGAUCGAUUUCGAUUCUGAUGUUCCACUUACACUUGUUUUUUUUUUUUUUUUGUCGUGUUUAUUUAUGUUACUGUUGAAAUGAGAUAAGUUAUGAGAUGGUCAAUUUUACAAAAAGAACUUGUUGGAUAUGCCUUCUUAAUUCAUUUGCUAAGUUCAUCUUUA